ACUCACCACCGAGCUGGUUCCUUGGCAACAUCCUGAGGAAUCCAGCAGCUGCUCCCUCCGCCCCUCGCACCGCCUGCGGGGAGCAGGAGGCGGAGGCAGGCAGACGGCAGCUCAGCUCCAUUAUAAAAGCCACGGAGCGCGGUGGCGGCGGCGCGUGAGGGGACAGCGAGCACCGAGCACCGAGCACCGAGCGGACGCUGGCCCGGGGUCUGCCCCGUCCCCGCCUGGACCCCCGCCUGGACCCUGCACCAUGGCUCCCUCGCCUCUCUCCUGGCUGUUCCGCUUGACUGCCCUCUGCCAUCUGACUAUGUUACUGGAGGGACAACCCCCCGGUGUGAAGCAAUGCAACAUCAUAUGCAACAGGAUGACCUCGGAGAUCCCGGUGGAGCUUCUAAUCAACUAUCAGCGAAACCAAGAAUCCUGUGGCAAACGUGCCAUCAUCCUGGAGACCAGGAAGCACAAACUCCAGUGCGCUGACCCCGCGGAGAGAUGGGUCCAGAAAGCCAUGGAACAUCUAGACCGCCGGGCUGCUGCCCUCACUCCAAAUGGCGGCACAUUUGAGAAGCAGAUCGGCAUGGGGGAGCCCAGGACCACGCUGUCCGCCAGGAGAAUGGACGGGUCGGCAGCCACAGAGCCCCAAGUCCCAGGGGAGAGCGGUGGCCAGGAGGCUCAGAGGGCCUCGGGCACCACCCCAGAGCAGCGCGCAGGAGCAGCUGCCUCCUGGGAGACCGGGUCCCCCUCUGUGGCCCAGGGGCUGGGUGGGGACGCAUCCACUGGGUCUACCAGAGCCCCGCCUUUCAGCUCCAAUGCCCUCACCACCGAGGCCAUCUCCUGGCACAAUUCUGUCGCCUCCCAAGCCGGAUCCGAGCCUUGGGCUGAGAGCAAGGCCUCUGAGGGCUCCCCCACUGCAACCACCCCCACCGCGGCCACCCCCACCACGGCCACCCCCACCCAGGCCCCCUCCACCCCGGCCACCCCCUCCCAGACCUCCUCUCCCCAGAUCACCCCCUCCCAGGCCACCCCCUCCCAGGCCCCCUCUCCCCAGCUCCCCACUACUGUCCGCUCAGUCCCAGAAGAUAUCAUCAGGCCUACAGGCCAGAGAGCAGGGGCCCAGGACCUCUUGCCAGAAGGUUCCCUAGGGCCCCAGGAUACAGGUCCUGUCUCAGCUCACCCUAGUGUUUUCAUGGGGUCUGGCAGCAUCCCCCACAUCUCAGCGGGCCCCAUCUCCUCCGAAUGGGACCCCAGCCGGGAACCAGUGGCCUCGGGCAGCUGGGCCCCCAAGGCCGAGGAGACGGUCCACGCCACAGUAGACCCGCAGCGGCUGGGUGUGCUCAUAACACCGUACCCUGACUCCCAGGUGGCCACCCGCAGGCAGGCCGUGGGGCUGUUGGCCUUCCUGGGCCUGCUCUUCUGCGUGGGGGUGGCCAUGUUCGCCUACCAGAGCCUGCAGGGCUGCCCACGCAAGAUGGCUGGGGAGAUGGUGGAAGGGCUGCGUUAUGUGCCCCGGAGCUGCGGCAGCAACUCCUACGUGCUAGUGCCCGUGUGAGGGCCACAGGUGGCCAUGCCCCUCAGACAGCCACAGGGGCCUCAUUCUCACACCCACUCCUCCAAGGGCCUGCCCUGUGCGGGGACAGUGGGGACGGCAGGUGGGUCCGCUCCCAGCUCCCAGGGACCCCCUUGACCUCCUAGGACAGAGCCGCCUCUGAGCUCCCUGUCCCCAUAUUGGAAAUCUUCCUCUGCUGCUGGCUGGUCAGAGGGUCCCUUUGAGCCACUCCCACCAAUACUUAUUUAUUGAAUGCCUGACCCUCCCUCCUGCCCUGACCCUCCCUCAUCGUGUUUCUUGGUUCACCCCACCCCACGGUGCUAUCCACCCCACCCCUGUACAGCACCCGUGUCCCAGCUGGACCCACUUUUCUUGCAUGAGGCUAGUGUGAUGUUUCAUGGGUUUGCUUCCGGCCCAGCCCGAGUCCCCGUGGUGGGGAGCCGGGUGCUGCCUCAACUCUCAGUCUUCGCCAGGGACCAGCCCGGCUCUUAAGGGGAAAGCUCGGCUCCCCUCAUCCCUCCCCACUCUUCCCCCAGGCUU